ACAAGAGCCGGACAUGCCCGGCAUACUUGUUAUAUGGCACUUAAGUUUCCUGUGCAGCGCUUCAACAAAACUGAGUACUUGAAACAAUACUCCGACUACUGGCGAGACUCAGUGGAGCUGGUAUCACUUCGCGUGAGGCAUCUCUCAAAGCUGUUUGUUCCCCUCGCAUUCGAGCAGAUGGUUAAUCACACGACUGAUCAGCAACUUCAUCGAUGGAUUAAGGACAUGGAACGUGUGAAGGACAUGCUGGUUAUGAAAUUUAUGGGUUUGGUACAAGAUGUUCACUACGUCAGGGAGCAUAUUACGAACUACGAGAUAGAAGAAGACAAGAACAAGCGUGGGAAGUAUACUCUAAGGCGGCCGCUGUUGAGUGAUAGACUGUUGUACUAUGAGGAGCAGUUCCUCACCUUUCGUGAAGACUUUAGUGAUCUUUGUGAGGGCCAACAGCCGGAGGCAUCACAAAUGUUUGGCUUCGCUGACACACUGUACUCCCUCUAUCGCCACGACUGGUUGCGCCCUGUAAAGUUUAGAAGCUAUAUCGACGUUAUAGUCCUUGUGGUGGUGAUACAUAGGGUGCAGAAGAUUUUUUAGCAUUUCUCUGAGG